AACGGUUCUAAAAUGGCGAAUUUAUUCGUUCUUGUCAUUUUGCUGUGAUGCUUGCUCGCUGUGUAAAAACUUGUAUUUUGUUGCUAUAAAAUGGCUGACACCGGACUACGUAUGAAUUUUGCUGCCCUAAAGAGGGCAGAUCCAUACGCCAGAGAAAUAAUCGACAGUGCUACCCACGUUGCGCUUUAUACAUUCGAAGAGAACGAAUGGGAGAAAACUAACAUCGAGGGUGCUUUGUUUGUGUACAGUAGAAAUGGUGAACCGUACCAUAGUUUAGUGAUUAUGAACAGAUUGAGUACGAAUAACCUAAUCGAACCAGUGUCGAAAGGAAUAGAAUUGCAAUUGAAGGAACCUUUUCUUUUGUAUCGGAACGCCAAGUGUCGUAUUUACGGCAUAUGGUUCUAUGAUAAAGACGAGUGCGUUAGAGUUGCGACAAAACUAAAUUCUUUGAUCAAAGAGUCGUUGAAGCAAGUACCUGGCGACAACAUGCCACAGAAUGCGGUUUACAAUGCGUCAACACCAAGUGCCCCCGUCGAUAUAUUCAGCAUGUUGAGCAAGGCCCAGGACGACUUCAACUCCAACAAGGGUCUCGUUGCUAGCAAAUGUGAUUCAACUCCGUCACGGGCACCGGACAUGACGUCGCAGAGCGUGAUGGACUUCUUCGCGAAAGCCGGGAGUGGUGCGGCAGCGCAGAUGCCGGCGGUGUCCUCGCUGCCGUCGCCCGGGAUCUUUGGGCCUCGUCCGACAGACGCGCGCGAGGUGCCGCAGCUGCUGCAGAGGCUUAUGAGUAAUCCUGCACAUUCUGUUGAGCAUAUAGAGAAACAACAACGCUCUGUGACACCACAAGAGGCCCAAAGCUCAAAUGGCAAUAUGAAUUUGGAUUCAGCAAUAAGACAAAACUGUGGGUUCCCAUUGAAGUCGACUCCUAUUGAUAAACCAAGUCAGCAGAGGAUAUCUGGUAUGAAGAAGGGCCCGUUGGAUUCAAGUGACACUAAUGGCAUAAUGCCAUUGGAGAGUGAGUUGAAUUUGAUGCACAUUUCUUCUCCAAAGCCGACAUCUCCUCUGGCCACAUACUUGAAUCAAUCGCAGGACAUCAGCCACACGCAGAAGCCGGCGCUGAUGCCCCCCACCAUGUUCACGGCCAGCACGGGUGGAGAUGUCCAGCCCUCGCCUGAGCCCCUCACUAGGAACCAGCUGCUCCAAGCUUUCAAUUAUCUACUGAAACAUGACGCUGACUUUGUGAACAAAUUGCAUGAGGCUUAUGUUAAAUCCUUUUCAGAAAAGGCAUUCUCUGUGUCAUAAAAUUCAUUCUUUGAUAAGUGGCUGCUAUCAACAGUUGCACACAUUAAAGUAUAAAAUGUACAGCCGUAAUUUGAAUAUAAACAAACAGUAUAAACUGAAUCUUCUUUAAAAUGUUGUGUAGACCCUCUAGUUUUGUAGUGACUCAUUGUUUGGAGUAUUUUUAAAUAAGUUUUAAACCUUGACUGUAACCUGUACAGAGAAUGAAUUUUAGUGACUAAUCUUCUUUUAAUUUGGACAGAAGUCAAGAAGGUCCCUUAAGCCGCUACUUGUGAUAUUUAUAUUGGCUACAGCUUAAGGUUAUAUUCAAAAUCCAUUAUAUUUGAGCAAUAAGUACCUUCAACUUAGUUCUAACCAUGAGUUCUUUGCAAUAUUAUUAUAUGUACAACAUUUUUAAAGACAAUACUAUGACUACUUUGACAAAUACGCUUUUCUAAGAGAUAUUUUUAUUGACUUGAUGUGCUACAUUAAACUUCCAUAAUUUUAAAAGAAAAAAAAGUUCUUUUAAUAUUAUAAGGACUGCAAAAAUUUGCUAUAUCUUUACAAGAACUAUUGUAACUCAUUACAGCGUAGGCAUCAGAUUUUUUAGGUUUUAUUGUAUGUUAAAUGUUUUUAUUUCAUGUAAAAUUUUGUCAGUAGCUAAUAGUAAGAUUUGUCCCUUUUGUUUUUUAUAUAUCUAGUUUUUCGGUCAAAUUUUAGUAUGAGAAUUGAAUGUUAUACAAAACAGAAGACUAAUAUACAUUAGAUACAGGGGAAAUCAAAUGAUAAUAUUGGUUAAAAAUGUUUUUCUUCAAAGAUGUAAAAUUUAGUCACUUGUUUAGGGAGAAAAAAUAAUUUCGUAAGUCAUAUUUCUCCUAAGAAUCAACUUUCUAAGGAUGGUGUGUUGUGCUAGGCACACUGAAAAUAAAUAAGUUCAAUUGCCAGGAAGUCAGAACUUCCAAAGGGAUCUACCAUCUACUCCCUUUAAAAGUCACCAUUUCUAAUCUGAAAUGGAAUAUGUACUUUGCCAAACUAUAAAAUCACCUUUCAAAUAUGCAUGGUCGAAUUAAAUCGACGACCAUUUUGUUUAUUGUAAAUCAUAAAACAUGAAUAAAUAAAACAAAAAAAUGUUGAUACUUUAGAAAACAUCUUUAAAAUUUAAAACCAUCUCUGUGCUUGUACAUCUAAUGCUCUUUGACAAUGUUAUUACCUGUAAGAAAAUUAUACAUUUGGACAGAUUUUAAUGUUGUGUGGAGAUAUUUUUGUUUAGUCUCAUUACAAGGGAGCACAAUUUGACGAAAACUAAUUUUGGCCUACAUAACAUUGAUCCUGUACAAAUAUAAAUUAGUUUGAUUACAAAACUGUGUUAAUUUUGAAAUGCUCCCACAAUCCUGUCUAACUUUUUGUAAACACAUAGGUCCGGCGAUAAUAGUUUUUGACAAUUUUCAGUUAGAAUGUUAUCAUAAAAAUAGUCUCAAAUUAAAGGGUUCAUCGAAUUA